AUGCCUCGUCUGCUUGCAGAAGGACAUUACCUGCAUGGAGAAAGACUGGAUUUACUGGGAAGGAAUGACAAGUUUGUGUCUCUGGUCAACUUCAGCAUCCCUCAGCUGUGCCAGUUCACAGCGUGCAUUGACCUAAAGCGGACUGCCAACGUCAGCUCUUGGGCAGCGUUCUCCUACGACGCCAGCAACUCCUCCACUGACAUCAAUGACUUAGAGCUUGGACUCUCUGGAGAAAACAAGCAGUUAAGACUCUAUCUCUUUGGCACCAGACGAGACAUUGACAUUGAACUGGCCCUUUUUGUGUGGUACAGCGUGUGCUGCUCGUGGGACACCAGGAAACAACUGCUGGAGGUCUACUGCAACAGUGAGCUCGUGCAUACUGAAACCAUUGGCAGUGCUGGGUGCUUGAAACCCAACGGGAGCCUGGUGCUGGGUCAUCUGCACAAAAGAAAGGACGGCUUCAUUGUGCGGGUGAGCAACAGCUUCAUUGGCAGCUUGUACUACUUCCAAACGUGGGACCGUGUGCUGGGUCAGGAGGAGCUGCUGGGCUGUGCCAUGGGCAACACUGUCAGCUGGAAGGAGGAGUAUUGGAACUUCAGUAGCAUCCCGCCCGUUGUGGACCAUCGCCUACGCUGUGGCUCAAGUGAAGCAUCUUCCACAACGCUGCCCCCGUUGCCUCCGACCAGUAGUACCAAUGGUACCAUUCCACUCAGCUUCUUUAAUGUUGAUAUGAACUUUUCCCUCUUCUACAAAACUGAGCGAGCUCCUGAUUACUACGAUGCAAGGAAGCUCCUGGAAAACUGGUUUAGUAUCAUAUUUACUGGAGAAGAAUUUGUUGUGGCAAACUUUAAAGUCAGCUACAUCUGUAAGGCCAUUAUAAAGGCCACAUCACUUGAAACACAAGAAGUGCUGAUUCUCAAGAUCAAACAACUGUUGAAUGACACUUAUGAAGAGGGACUAUUAUCCUUAUACGUGACACCUGAAGAUGUGGCUGUCAAGCCAAUAGCACUCAUGGAUUGUCCAGAAAGCUUUUCCCACACAACCUACAAGGGGAAUUAUUCCUGGCCGCUAACAAAGCCAGCGACCAAAGCGGAGGUGAGCUGCAGGAAAAACCCUCAGCAGUCUGCUCAGAGGAGCUGUGGAAUUAAUAUUGAACUUCAGCAAGCUUUUUGGAAGAAACCAGAUUUGACUGAAUGUAGAUUACUGGAAGAACUCCCAAAUAAUAUCUUAGACCUUCAAGAUAUCACGGUAACAGAAGAGAAUGCACAAGAUGUUGCAGAGCAGAUUUUAUACCUCUUGCCAAAUGCAACCCUGCAAAUGGAAGAACUAGAAAUCAUCACAAAUAAAGUUUCUGAGAUCAUAAUGCUUGCAGAUGUGAGCGUGACACUUGCAGAGUCUGUAUUGUCUAUACUAAACUAUAUUUUGCUGCAAGAAAUAGAAGAUGAGAACAUCAGAAAAGUGACCAAUAGCAUCCUGAAGACAACAGAGGAGCUAGGCUAUAAGGUGACUUAUACAGAAAGAAAUACGUCAGUCAUAACCACUUCCAUGGCUUUCCUGGUGACACGUCCAGAUCCCAGCACGUUUGGAGGACUGGCCUUUGGCGUUACCUCCUACAACAGAGGCCUGGAUCUCAAGAUCAACAUCCAAGAAAACCCUUUCAAAGAGGCCUUGGCCUCAGUGUUUUUGCCAGAAUCACUGAAGAAAUUCCUCAGGAUCGAGCCCUCUGACCCAGACAAGCAUUCCAAGAUCCAGUUUAAUUUCUUUGGCACUACUUCACUCUUUGUGGAUGAGAGCUUGAAGACAGAGAGGUUGAAUACUUACGUUGUGAGUGCCAGCAUUGAAAACGCAUCAGUUCAGACCCUCAAGGAGCCUGUGACUAUUACUCUUCAGCACAUAGACCAUAAUGUGGGUAAUGCAGCGGUGCACUGUGUCUUUUGGGACUUCCAGAAGAACAAUGGACUGGGUGGUUGGAAUACGUCAGGGUGUGAAAUGAAUUCUACAGAUAGGAAUUACACAAUCUGUUUUUGUAACCAUCUUACCCAUUUUGGAGUCCUACUGGACUUGGCCCGGACAGAGCUAGAUACCACACAGGAUCGUAUAUUAACUCUGAUAAGCUAUGCAGGAUGUGGUGCUUCUUCCCUGUUUCUGAGUAUAACACUGGUGACAUAUCUAGCCCUUGAAAAGCUGCGGAGAGACAACCCUGCAAAACUCCUGCUCAACCUUUGUGCUGCGCUGCUGAUGCUGAACGUGGUGUUCCUCACCGAUUCCUGGCUGGCCUCGUUCAACCAGCCAGCUCUCUGUAUCACCGUGGCUGUGCUCCUUCACUAUUUCCUCCUUGCAGCUUUCACAUGGAUGUGUCUGGAGUCUCUUCAGUUUUACUUGGCUCUCAUCAAGGUUUUCAAUGUUUAUGUCCCAAAGUACAUCCUGAAAUGCUGUAUUGCUGGCUGGGGAAUACCAGCUCUUGUCAUUUCUAUUGUGCUCGGUAUAAAUAAAGACUUCUAUGGUGAUGGAUCACAUUCAGAGAGCAAUCCAUUCAGCAAUUUUUGCUGGAUUCAGGAGAACACAGUGUUUUACAUCUCCGUUGUGGCCUACAUCUUCUUCAUAUUUUUGAUCAACACAGCCAUGUUCAUCACUGUUCUCCUUCAAAUCCACUCCGUGAAAUCAAGGACACACAAGAGAUCCAGGUUCUGGAAACAAGGUUUUCUCCACGACCUCAAAAGUGCUUUCAGCCUGAUGUUCCUUUUGGGCUUAACUUGGGGCUUUGUCUUUUUUGCCUGGGGAGCAGUGAGGAUAUUCUUCUUGUAUCUCUUCAGCAUCUUUAACACCUUGCAAGGGUUCCUCAUCUUUGUGUUUCACUGCCUAAUGAAGGAAGAAGUAGUGAAGCAGUGCCGAGUGCAUCUCUGCUGGGGGAGACAUCGGCUGAGUAACUACUCUGCUGCUGAUGUGAUGUGA